GGUGUGGCCCAAAACAGCAAAAGCCCACCCACUACUCACGCAAUCCCUAACCUCCCUGAUGCCCUUCUUCCGCCCACCGCCGCCGGUCCCCUGCUUCCACCCACUGCCGCCUGCCCUCUCGUUUCCAUCUGCCGCCGAGGCACCCUGCUUCCACCCGCCGCCACUAGCCCCCGUGCUUCCACCCGCCGUCGGCGGCCCCCUUGCUUCCCCCCGCCGCCACGCCCCCGCCUGCCACAUCCGGCGACAGGCCGCGCCCACCGCCGAACGUGUUCAGCGAUGGCUCCGACGCCCCCACCCUAGCUUGCCCAGUCGUGGACUAUGGUUCCCUCCUGGCUGCCGGCAGAAACGCCGCUCUUGUACCCACGGACGUCGUGCUCCCCGACCUGACGCGGUGCGGCUGCCUCCCCAGCGACCCCUCCAGCCGACGCCAGUGGUCAGAACCGCAAAACUCCCAUCCCCUCUCGAUCUCACAUUCUUGUUGUUGUACUGCUGCUGCCUCUUCUUUGGAAGAGAUCAGUCAUUGUCCCCUGCAGAUGGCAACCUGAACGAUGAAGAGAAUUUGGUUUGCCUCCUGCUGUGUCGGCAGCUCAUGGCCACACCCAUCUACAAUUCAGCAUGGCUUGCCAAGGCAGUCAAGGUUUAUAUGAAGAGGGAGAAUGCCGGCAGCUGGAAUUCUGGGCUGGAAAAUGAGCAAAUAUUAGAGACCUAUUAUGCACAACUCCAAAAAGUCCUGAAACUUCAUGAAGACACUUUUUGGAAUUAAUAAAAAAUACUGGCAAAAGAAUCAACCAGAGGGGGCCCACACCCUGAACACGAGGGUGGAGGGCGCCCUACCCCCUGGGCGCGCCCAUUGUCUCAUGGCCCCCCCUGGCAGGCCUUCGGUGCGCAUCUUUCGCUAUAUGAAGUCUUCGCCCAGGAAAAAAUAAGAAGGAAGCUUUUGGGACAAACCGCCGCCGUCUCGAGGCGGAACCUUGGCAGAACCAAUCUAGGGCUCAGGCAGAGUUGUUCUGUCGGGGAAACAUCCCUCUGGGAGGGGGAAACCAUCACCAUUGUCAUCACCAGGAGGGGGUCAAUCUCCAUCAACAUCUUCACCAUCACCAUCUCCUCUCAAACCCUAGUUCAU